AUGAGCAGUCGCUCAUGUGCACCACCAUCAGAAAAUGUCUUUUUAUUUGUUCCCAAUCUCAUUGGAUAUGCCAGAAUUGGACUAGCUGUUCUAUCAUUUUAUUAUAUGGCACACAAUCCAUGGAUGUCCAUGUCCAUGUAUGCUGUAUCGUGCUUGCUGGAUGCAGUGGAUGGACAUGCAGCUAGAUGUUACAAUCAAAGUUCAAAGUUUGGUGCUGUUUUGGAUAUGGUUACUGACCGGAGCACAACUUCGGCUCUUGUUGUGUUUUUGGCUACACAGUAUCCAGGUUAUGCAUUUCCACUUCAGAUUCUUACUGCUUUGGAUUUGUCCUCACAUUACAUGCAAAUGUACGCAUCCCUGACGUGUGGUCAUGCGUCCCAUAAGACUGUGUCGCCAUCUGCACCGUGGAUACUGCGAAUGUAUUACACUAGCAAGCCGGUCUUAUUCAGUGUAUGCAUGGGGAACGAGUUUUUCUUUAUUGGGCUGUACCUGCGUGCAUGGGGAGCAAAGCAGCUAGGAUUGGAAGUCGGUAUGGCGGCCCUUUUAUGGUCUCUCAUUAUGGUUUGUUUUACUAUAUCUAUUCCUAUAAUGGCAUUUAAGCAGGUGGUAAAUGCCAUUCAACUUGUCGAGGCUAGUGAAAUGCUUGCACAGGCUGAUGUCAAGUCUAGAUGUGCGCAAAAAGCUUGCGAGUCUUCUGUGCGACGAUCUGACUAG